AUUUCAACAUGUCAGCUUACAUCGAAAACAUUCAAAAACAUUUUCUCAACAAUAACAGAAUACGAGACACACUUGCGCAUACAGCAAAAGUUCAUUCAGUUGCCUGGAGCUGCGAUGGAAGAAGACUAGCAUCUGGUUCUUUCGACAAAUCUGUUUGUAUUUAUUCAUUAGAAAGAGAUAGAUUGGGUAAAGAAAAUAUAUUUAGAGGCCAUGGUGAUAGUGUAGAUCAACUUUGUUGGCACCCUAAAAACUCAGAUCAACUAGUGACAGCCAGUGGAGAUAAAACUAUUAGGAUUUGGGAUACCAGAUCAGCUAAAUCUGUUGCUACUGUUAAUACUAAAGGUGAGAAUAUUAAUAUUUGUUGGUCACCAGAUGGUACAACUAUAGCUGUUGGUAAUAAAGAAGAUUUAGUAACAUUUAUAGAUGCUAGAACUCACAGAUCACGUACUGAUGAACAAUUUAAAUAUGAAGUUAAUGAGAUAUCAUGGAAUAAUGAUGGAGAUUUAUUCUUUUUAACAAGUGGUCAAGGAACUAUUAACAUACUCAGUUAUCCUGAUCUCAAACCUCUCCAUACAUUAACAGCACAUCCUGCUAACUGUAUUUGUAUAGAAUUUGAUCCUAUAGGAACAUAUUUUGCAACAGGAAGUACUGAUGCCUUAGUUUCAUUAUGGGAUUUGUCUGAAUUAGUUUGUGUUCGUACAUUUUCGAGGUUAGAUUGGCCAGUACGGACAUUGAGUUUCAGUCAUGAUGGCCAGUUAUUAGCGUCAGCUUCAGAAGACUUAGUUAUAGAUAUAGCUAUGGUAGAAACAGGAGAAAAAGUAGCUGAAAUACCAUGUGAAACACCAACUUUUACAGUUGCUUGGCAUCCUAAAAAACAUUUACUAGCAUUUGCUUGUGAUGAUAAACAUGAUAGAGAUAGAGAUUCAGGAACUGUUAAAGUGUGGGGCUUCCCUAAUGAACCUUGAAUACAUUUAAAUCAUGCUAACAAUUUGGAAGACUGGUUUGAUGAAUACAAGAAGAAAUGUCAAGUUAACCAUAUUCACAUCAUGUUCUGAUUUUGUAUUAAAUGGUGUAGCAAAAUAGUUAUUUUGCCUCCAUGAACCAAAAUUUGCAACAAAUCAGUGUUUAGUUUUUUCUUUCAUCGUAACAUUAUAUUAUUCAUUUUUUUGUACAAUCAUAUCAUGUCACUCAAAAUAAAGAUUUUGUGAU